GUCACAGAACCCCCCGCCGUAGCCGGCGCCGCCGAAUCCCAUUAGUUCUCGGUUCUGCCCCGGAAACGGUACAUCCCUGGGUGUCGCCAUGGGCAGCAAGAUGGCCGCCGCCACUCGGGUCGUGCAGGUAGUUAAACCACAUAUUCCACUAAUAAGGUUCCCUGACAGAAAAGACAACCCCAAACUGAGUGUACCAGAAUCGUUUAAGUCAUCAGUGCUUCCAUCUCACUCUUCUGCAAUGUCACAGCAUUCUGUGGGUGGUAAAUCACCAGGUUUGCCAAUGAAUCGUGGUCCACCAGACACUGCUGAUAUAGUAAAAACAUUACCUCAGAAAUACAGGAGGAAACACUUGUCUCCAGAAGAGAUUGAAUUUAUUCAAGUAUGUUGUUUCCUUCAGUUAAUCUCAUAAAAAUGUGGUAGCAUUUUUUGAAACAUUAUGUAAUCUUUUUUUUUUUUCUUGCAGCGUGGAGGUCCAGAGUAAUCACUGACAAGCCUAUUAUUUAUGAUUGUCAGACAUAGAGUGGUUGUCUUCACAAUAAAGGCCUUCAAAAAUGACAAAUGUUAAAUUGUAUAUGAAGCCAAUAAUAUAAGAUUCUGUAUAAAAUGAAGGGUAGAAAAUUUAGAUAGAUAGAUGUUUAUAUCUUCCAAUUUGUUUCUAAGUCAGCUUGUCUAUAAGCUAACCUGAGGGUUUGAGAGUUGCUAUUUCAUAAAGUAUAGGAACUUGUAAUUUAGUUAGCUAAUUUACUUUUGAUUUUUAGUUAUCUCUAAUAGUUAACUGUUAAAAGUUCAGAUUUAAUUUCUAGUGACAUCAGAUUCCCUUAAUUUUUCAUUGUUUUUAUUUUUCUUUAGUAUUGGAAAGUACUGGUCAGGUAAAAUUGUUGUUUUUGGAGAGAUACCAAAGCCUUUAGAAUUCUGAGAAUCAGUGUUAUCCAUUCUGAAGGAUAAAAUUCAGCCAGAACAGAUCACUGUGUUGCUGAGAGUAGGACAAUAACUCAAAAAAUGUAUUUUAUAGAGAAGUUUCUCAGAAACCGUAAAAUGGAAAAUUUAAAAAUGGAAAUAAGAGGGAUUUUUUUAAAAGGUACGUCUUGAGAAGAAAACAUUUUGCCCUUUGAAUUUGUUAAGUUUUGAAUCAUGUAUUAUCUUGUGAGCAGAAAUUGAAUUAAAUAUUUAUUUUCCCA